AUGGAGGUGCCAGAUUCAGAAGAGAGAAAUGGAGAGGAUUCAUGGAGUGCUGGUGGUAAUAAUAAGGCUCUGAUCACUAGCGGACAGGUGUUGUAUAGAAGAUUGGGAGGGGGCAGUGCUUAUCUUCUAUCCAUGGAUAAGAUAGGUUUCUGGAAUGUUAGGGGCAUGAACAAGUCUGGUAAGUUGUGUGAUGUUUUAUGGAUUUUAAGACACCAUAAUAUGGGUUUGUUUGGCCUCUUGGAAACGAAGGUAAAAGUGAAAAUUUUUGGUAAAGUGUUUGAGAAUUUUGGGAGGGAGUGGUCAGUUAUUACUAACCAUCCUGUUAGUAAUUCUAGUAGAGUGUGGAUUGUUUGGCUUCCUAGUAUUUUCACUAUUUCUAGCUGCAAAGUUGAUGUCCAAUUUGUUCAUGUGUGUGUGACUCAUAAUGCGUUGAGGAGGAAAUUUUGGUUGACAAUGGUUUAUGGUUUGAAUACUGCAAAAGAAAGGGAGGAUUGGUUCUCAGUGUACUUUGAAGGAAGUAGAGCGUUUAGGCACUGUUUGAGGAGCAAUAAUCUCACUGAUUUCAAUGUGGGUGGUAUGUUCUACACCUGGACAAAUAAACAAGAAGGAGAGGAUAGAGUAUGUUCGAAAAUAGACAGGGUUAUUGUGAAUAAUGGUUGGCUAAAUAAUUUUCCUAGUUUUGCUGCUGAGUUUCUCCCUGAGGGUCUUAUGAACCAUUCUCCAUGCUGCAUGAGAUUAGAUAGUCAAGCUGGGAAUGUUAAGAAACCUUUCAGGUUUUUCAAUAUGUGGACAGAAGCUCCAAAUUUCUUAGCCAUUGUUGAAGAUCAGAAGCUUAAUUCUGACCCUACAAGUGUUGAUUUGAGGAAGAAGGAGCAUGAAGCAAGACUGGCUUACAACGAGGCUCAUAUAGCUAGAUUUCUGUUCCUUAAACAGAAGGCAAAGGCUCACUGGAUGAAGGAGGGUGAUGUCAACUCUAGCUAUUUUCAUGCCUGUAUUAGACAAAGAAGAAUUGAGAACAGGAUUUGUAGCAUUCAAGAUCAGAAUGGGAAGCUUGUUAAUGACCCUAAUGAGAUAGCAGAAUCAUUUAUCUCCUAUUAUAAAGGAUUGCUGGGUACUGAUGCAGGUGAAGCUAGACAGAUUCAUCAAUCUGUUAUUCAGGAGGGUCCUGUUCUAUCUGAGACUCAAAGGAACAGUAUCUGUAGGCCUUUCACAGAAGAUGAUGUUAGAGGAGCUGUUUGGUGCAUUGAUGAGGAUAAAUCACCUGGUCCAAAUGGGUAUACUAGUAAAUUCUUCAAGAGAUCCUGGGAAAUUGUAAAAGGGGAUGUUUGUCAGGCUGUCUUAUCUUUUUUUUAUCAUGGCAAGCUGCUCAAACAGGUCAAUACUACUUCCUUGACUUUGAUUCCUAAGGUUGCAAAUGUUGUUGCUGUGACUUAA